CAUGUGGCUCUACCUGGCUGCCCUGCUGGGGCUUUACUUCCUUCGCCGAUGGUACCAGGAGAGACAGACGGUGGAGAACCUGACGGAGAAAUAUGUCUUCAUCACGGGCUGUUCCUCUGGCUUUGGGAACCACCUUGCCAGGCAUCUGGAUGCCCGGGGUCUGCGGGUGUUGGCAACCUGUACCACACAGAAGGGGGCAGAGCAGCUGGACAAGGUCACCUCAGAGCGCUUGAAAACCACCGUUCUGGAUGUCACCAGUACAGAGAGUGUGGCGGCAGCGACGGAGUGGGUGAAAGAUCAAGUGGGGAAGAAAGAUAAAUGUUCCUGUCGGAUAAUGUCCACUGAUCAACCUGAUUCUGAAAGCACAGAUAUCAUAAUCAGUGGAUAUGGAAGGCAGCUGGAUGCCCGGGGCCUGCGGGUGCUGGCAGCCUGUCUCACGCAGAAGGGGGCAGAGCAGCUGGGCAAGGCCACCUCAGAGCGCUUGAAAACCACCAUUCUGGAUGUCACCAGUAGAGAGAGCGUGGCGGCAGCGACGGAGUGGGUGAAAGAACAAUUCAUCACAUGA